AUGCGUCGCUUCUUCUUCAAGCUGGAACUGCUCAGACAAUCCUCGUCCUCCGGAACUGGCGAAAACAGGAGUUCCCGUAUCUACCCUUCAGUCCUCCGUUCACUUCCACAAGAUGAGAUGAUCAACGUCAAUCCAUUCCCUGCAGUCUCGUCAGCCACCCUUUCGAGCGACUGUGCGUCGACCAGCCAUUCGCAUCCAGCGUCUCAAACACAAAGCCAACGUGCCUGUCUCGCCAUACAACAGCAUGACCAGCCUUUCGAUGCCAUCGUCAUUUCUACGCUUCCGUCUUAUCCCUUCUGUUGCCAUGAAGACCUCCUUACCAUGUCACGCGCACAGCUCAUCGGCGUCGCGCAACUGCUUAACUCGCGAAUUCCUCCAGUCACCCGCCUUAGAGUCGAAGAGGAUGUCUCUGAUGCUGACAUUCGCGCCUGGGUUGAGGUUCUCGUUGGUAUAAAACUCUCUGUACCUGGCGCCCCGAAGGCGGUCAGGUGCCGACCUUUAGUGACAAACGGCGAGGAGGAUAAUGAAACGUUCGACUUCGACGCGCAUGUGGAUGCGAUGCCAUCACCGCCGACUAGCCCUCUAUCAAUGCGUAUCUCUCGAAGACAGGAAAAGUUGCUCCCGCUUUUGAGCAGUCCACCACGACCCCUUGAAUGCUUGGACGAAGCCGAGGAAAACAUCUUUACGAGCAAAAGGCCAUUGAAAAGGCGCAAGACCCAAGACGCCACGGUCCAACCUGACGACGUGAGCAUGAGCCUGACACCACCCCCGCCCCCUUCGUCGCACCGCACAUCCCGGCCCCUCGACGGCUCUCCAACCCCACGCAGAGUUCUCAGGUCGCAUAGCUCAAAGCUCGCAAAGGCCGCGAAUAAUAUUGACGCUUCCUUUGUCAACACCAAGCCUCGGUACCGAUCUGCUAGCCGAUCUGCGAAGAACAUAAAAGGGAAGGAUAGUACUUCCAUGAGGCGAUCCAUCACCGUGCCGACCGCGACAAACUUUGCUCAGUAUCGUCCACAGGAUUCCUCCUUCCUCUCUGCCGAGUCUCGCAGUCGGGCUUCCAGUUCAAGCGCUCUGUCCGUUGCCUCGAUCGAGAGUACUGACUCAGGCUCGAUAUUGGAUUGCGACGAGGGAGGAAAAUCGAAAGAUGAGAGGCAAACAUCUAUUGUUGCUGGAAUGAUGAGUAUGCAGGGAAGGUUAGACUGA